AUGAUCCAGAACGCACAUGCUGCUGCCAAGAAGCCCGUUGUCGAGGCCAGUUCCGGCUCGACCGUUAUUUCUCUGGCACUGGGGUGUUGUGUUAUGAACCAGAACGACGACGUCACGGCCUAUGUCACGAACAAGACGGAAAUCUCUCGGCUGCAGACUCUGGCAUUCUUUGGAAUCAAAGUGAAGCUGUACGGGGGACCAGCUCAGCCCGCGAUCUCGGAUGAGCGAGGCAUCAUCAACAAGAUCCGUCGACAGGCCGAGGCAGACGGUAGCGGCAUCUGGGCCCCGAUGCAGUAUGAGAACGAGGACAAUUACAAGUCGCAUAUCCGCUGGACGGGCCCCAGCUUCUGA